AUGGCUGUUGGUCCUAUUACUUGGGGUAAAAAAAAAUUAGGUGGAGAUAUGUUAUUUAUGGAAGAAAGUAUUUAUGUGUUUCAAUCCAAAUCAGACAAACUGAAGAAAAAGUUAUGGAGAUGCCAACGUCGUGACAAAAAGUGCCGCGCAGUGGUGUAUACUGAUUCAACAAGCGCUAGUUAUCUUGGUAAUAAUGGCAUCGAUCAUAAUCAUCCAACAGAUUUGUUAUUGGUGAAGAAACAUCGUCUAGUUAAUGACUUGAAACGAAAAGUGGAAGAUCUCACUGUUAAUGUUCCUGCUGCAGUGGAUCAGGGAAUCGCCAAUUUGGCACUGGAUAACGAACAUAUGGUUAAUUUCCCUCUUCCAAAAAUAGUUGGUAAGUUUUUUUUUUGCAGGUUAAGUUAGAGAUAGAUAUCU